AUGUUACUCGUUGUGGUUAUUCUGUUCUCAUCAUUUGAAUUGGCUCAUGGACAAUGCACCACUCCGCAGGUAAAAAAAGCUGAAACUUUUCAAGCAAGAUUAAGAAAGGCUCAUGAUUGUUUUCAGACCCUGUACACGUGUUACAUUUCGUAUUUGGGUAAGUAUGGAGUAGUUCCUGACGACGGUUAUUUGCCACGUUUCGAAUUCCUGAAGAACCAGAUGAUGACCCACGGAUUACCCGUUAUUUGCAAGUAUUGUCCUCAUCUGCUCUUCCACCCGAAAUCUAUCAUUUCAGAGAUUUUCAAGAGCUCACCAGCUGUCUGGGCUCUGCUUCCACCUAUUGUGUCAACUUUGAGACGUUCUACUCUUACGUGAAUGCGUUCGUCCCUUGCCAAAUCUAAAAAAUUCAAGUUCAUGUUUAGAAGAAACACACAAGCCGAAGCGCUCGCGUAUCUGCAGAAUCACGCAUUCUUCGAGUUCGCGUGUGGAACUGGAAACGAGCUGUUCAUGCGGAACAUUGAUUGUCUUCAAAGAUCCUUCGAACAAGUUCCGCUGACAAACAGAAUGCAGCAGUGCGGCCAGUCUAGUCUCACAAUAGAUCAGAACGUUUGCCCGUGAGUUUGUCCGAAAGUUUCGGUGCCCCAUGCUGGAAUCGAACGGCGUUCAGAGGGCGAUGAGAAUACCGUUGCAGGUCGGCUCUCGACGUGACCGACUGUGUGCGACAACAGAUGAUUCAGGCUUGCGGACUGAGCGGCGGAGCGGCCGCCUGCGGUAAGAACUGAAAAUGAGAAGCUCCGGCAGUGAAUUAUUUCGAAACAGGCGCUGCGGCGAACAUAGAACGUCGUCUGGACUUCCUGGAUGCCGCGUGUCUGACCGAAAUGGACGCGAGAUGCUCCGUGUGCCAACUCACAAUUCUUAUACCAAUCCUUAUUCUAUUCAUGCACAGAAUUAUCUUUUUAUAA